UGCAGACCUGGGUCUAGACCACUUUGCCAUGAGAAGGUUCUACAACGACAAAGUAUCCUCCCUGAUGACUCCCUCGCAGAAACGGUAAGAAACCACCCCACACACAGCAAAUCUGAUUGGUUGACUUCAAGUUCACAGAAGCUCCUCUGCACAACAGAUGAAUAUAGUUCAAAGGUCAACUCUCUGGUCAUCAGUGAGCUUCAGAUGUGGCCUUCUGGCUGAGGGCUUCCUUGUUCUGAUUUUUUACCUGCUAUUACAGCGGUCAGGUGUCAGACUUGGGAGGUCAAUCACUUGACAUACAACCCCCCCCCCCCCCCCCCCCCCCUCUCUCUUUCUCUCUCUCUCUAGGUAUGUGUGGAUGUUCAGCAGUCUGCUGAAGGGAGUGAUGAAGAUGGAUCCCUCUCCUCUCUUCCUCCUUUGUGUGGUUCUUCACGGCGUGCCCAACAUCAACUCUGAGGGAGGUUAGAAACACAGAUAGAAACACCAUACUACACCUCUCACAUCACAGUGAUACACACUGUUCUCAGAUAUACAUUUUAUGAUGCACUACUGAAUUAGCGCUGUAUAUUUCCUGUUUGUGUUGUCUCCAGGAUGUCGUCUGUUCCUGAGAGUGUACCAGAGCCUGCAGGCCGUUUGCACUUCAGCAGUCUAGUGAGAUACCAUUCUCGUUCACACUUCAUUUGAUGCUCUACAGAUGGUCAUACUAUCAACAAACUAUCUGUUGAAAAGCAACUGCUUGCUAAGGUUACGGUUACACUCUUAAAGAAAAAGGUGUUAUCUAGAAACUUAAAGGAUUCCUUAGCUGUCCCCAUAGGAUAACACUUUGAAGAACCCUUUUGAGUUCCAUGUAGAACCCUUUACACAGAGGGUUCUACAUGGAACCCAAAAGAGUUCUACCUGGAACCAAAAAGAGUUCUACCUGGAGCCAAAAAUAGUUAUCCUAUUCCAGCGUGGACCCCAUUCUUUACACCAGAAUUUCUGGGGACCCAAUCUUUUGCCCAAAUCUAAUGUCACAACCUUAAAAUCUGUAAAUUUAGAUUUUUACAUCAACAAAUAACAUUUUACAUUUACAUUUUAUUCAUUUAGUAGACGCUCUUAUCCAGAGCGACUUACAGUUAGUGAGUGCAUACAUUUUCAUAUUGGCCCCCCGUGGGAAACGAACCCACAACCCUGGCGUUGCAAGCUCCAUGGUCUACCAACUGAGCUACAGGGGACUAAAUUCAUUGUAUUUUCAUCUCUUAUCAAAAUGGAAAGAAACCAAUAAAUACAUUUACCAAUACAUUUUCUUUUUUUAAUGAUCUUUCUCAAACACUUUGUAUAUUGUCCCAUACAAUAAUCUGUACUCUUAAUUUUUUCUUCCUAAAAAUACAAUAAGAAAUAAUAAUAAUUGGCGACCCCACUGCAAUUCCCUGCGCCCCCGACUUUGAAUACCACUGUCUUAUGGGGACAGCUGCAGAACCCUUUUGGAACCCUUUUUCCCCCCAUAAAAUUGUAGUGUUAGGGUUAGGUUUAGAAUAAGGGUAAGUGUUAAGGUUAGGGCUAGAGUUACUUUAAGGGUUAAGGUUAGGGUUAGGGUUAGUAGAUAGUUGUUGAAAUAUUACUAAUAGUCUGUAGAUAGUCUGUAGAGCAUCUACAGAUGGACUAUGGAAAUAAAGCGUUACCAUGGUAAUAAUAUGUGUACGAAAAAGUAUGAAAAUGUAUCCACUCACUUAAGUCGCUCUGGAUAAGAGUGUCUGCUAAAUGACUAAAAUGUAAAUGUGAAUGUCUGUUUACUUUUUCUGUGUGUGUUUAUAUCUGCCACAGUCACGUCCGUGCAGUACAGACAGACAGGGUUUACUUUGUACUGCAACCAGCUCAACUGCUGAAGGGAGACAUAAUGGUAGGUAUAAUCACACUCAUAUACAGUCCCUGCACUUUUAAAAUCCGGAGUUUAAUGUAAUGUUAUACAAAGCUCAGUGGUCUGGGAUGACUGUAUGAACCUUAUAGACAGCCAGGUGAGGUAACUGUCUGUGUCUGCUGUGUGUGGUUCAGGUGGUGUGUUAUGGUGAAAACCACCAGACAGCCAGCCGAGAGGUCAUCUUCAGGCUCCAGUUUCACACUGGCAUUAUCCACAGACACAACCUGCUAUUCCCCAAGGAAGACCUUGACACAGCUUAUAUAGGUACAGUACUGGGAAGCCUAAUACAAUGAAUGACUACUCUCUCUCUCUCUCUCGCCUCCUUCUCCUCACAUCAGCUCUCUCAUUCUCUAGUCCUUCAGUCCUCUCUCGGUCGACCUAACUACAAUGAUGCUACUCUCUCUCUCUCUCUCUCCUCUCUCUCUCUCUCUAUCUCUCUCUCGUCCUCUCUCUAUCUCUCUCUCUCUCUCGCUCUCUCUCUCUCAUCUCUCGCUCUCUUCUCUCUCUCUCUCUCUCUCUCUCUCUGUAAAUUUAGUCACAGGCUAACCUUGGUCCAAUCACCAGGUGAUGAGUGCAGGUGUGAAAUACACACAAAAGCAAAAACAUGCAUGUACGCAUGCACACACACAGAUAGUGAUGGAUGUUCAACUUUCCUCCUUUUUCCAGAUCCCAGGUUUCCAGACAAUGGGAAAGUUGAGUUGGUGUUCUCUGAAAGUCCUGAGAAGAUGCCAGGUAAUUCACGGCCGUCAUCGUAGUUAGGCAUAAUCCUAAUCUCCCCCUCAAACCACCAUUGGUCCAACGAACACACACCUGGACCACAACUACAGCUGGUGUGGCUGACUAACAGCCCCUGCCAACCCCGUCACCCUGCAGUCACACAUCUUGUAAGGGCUAUUGCAAAGUUUCAAUUCACCACAAUGUAUGAGUGAUGCAAACUGUUUUUGACACGCUAAUGAGGUAAUGUCCAGACUUAGAUAUGGUUGGGUGAUGUUCCCGUUUAAUUAAUAAAAUAAUAUGAAGUCAGAUUAAACUUGAUGAUUUACCAUGGUUGUGAUGAUUUGUGGUUGAGUAAUCCGGGUUAAAGGCAAUCUUGUGAAUAGCGGUAAAAACCAUGUGAACCACCUGUUCACCCAUGCAUGACUACUACAUGGUUACCUGUGACCUUAUACACCUGAGCCACCACCUGACCCAUAACCUCAGUGAGACUGCUCUCUAGUGGUGAGAACUGACAGCCCAAAACAGACAAACUAGACAAACAUAUACCCUAUCAAAAUAGCUCUUACACAUCCUAUCUGUUGCCGUCACCUCCCUUCACCCUGCAGUCACACAUCCUGUCAGCUGCCGUCACAACAGAACAGAACAGAGCAGAACAGAGCAGAACAGAACAGAACAGAGCAGAACAGACAAAUAUCAUGACUCACUCACAAAUCAAAACCAAUCCUUCUGAAACCACCUGUUCAUUUAGAGUCUGAACAGACACACAGACAUGUCUGUUUCCAGUUUUCACAAUAGGUGUGUGUGAGCAGAAAUUGUGCAAAAAGGUUUGACCAAAGCUACCUGUGCCUCCUUGCUCGUUCCAGAAGGGGGCAGUAUUCAGCACACUGUAGAGAUGGAAUGGCUCUAUCCUCUCGGGGCUAGUAUAUUCCUGUGGGGCUGAAGGCGAUAGCUCAGUAACACACACACACACACACACACACACACACACACACACCACACACACACACACACACACACACACACACACACACACACACACACCACACACACACACACACACACAGUCACAGACAGACAGACAGACAGACAGACAGACAGACAGACACACUCUGCUCCACUAAAGCUCUGUAACUGUAAAACACACACACACACACACACACCCCACACAACCUCUGACUACACAACACACACCACAACACACACACUCGUAACACACACACACCACCUGCACCAGUCAAACCACACACAACACACACCACCUCUGUAACCACACACCACACACACCUCUGUACACCACACACACACACCACACACACACACACACACAACAACACACACACACACACACACACCACACACACACACACACACACACACACACACACACACCUCUGUAACACACACACACACACACACACACCUCUGUAACACACACACCUCUGUAACACACUCUCUGCUCCACUCAACAGGAAACAAUAAAGGCUCUUAUCACACACACAUCACCCAGGAAUGCAGAUCCCAGAUACAGGCAAAGAAACAGACAGAGCAGAACUGCACAGAGCUCAAGAUUCAGCCAUCCAUACACAUAAACACAUCCCACUUUGCACACUCACACACUCAAUCACACACACAUGCACGUGCACACACAAACCAAAAAAAAUAAAAUCUGAAAGAAUUCGUAUUUUCCUAAUUUGCUACAAUAUUUUGAAAGUAAAUAAACAAAAAUUGUCCUCUACAGGGAUCAGCUGAUGUUGUUAUAGAGUAUAUGUGUGUUCCUUGACAAUGCUGGACUGUUGUGCAACAAACCCAUGACAGAGGUUGUCUCUGUCUUACUCAGUCGCUCUCUCUCGCUCUGUUUAAUUGUCUCUAUAUGGUUGUUGUCAUCUGAAGGCAGUGGUCACUGGCAAAACGGACCCUCUGUCAUCAUGGACUACAAUACCUGGGACCCCCUGGUUCGACGGGACUCCUAUGAGGACAUCUCUCCAGAAGGACUAGGUAUUGUAACAUCUCUCCAGAAGGACUAGGUAUUUGUAUAACAUCUCUCCAGAAGAGGACUAGGUAUUGGUAACAUCUCUCCCAGGAAGGACUAGGUUAGUGUAAACAUCUCUCCUGAAAGGACUAGGUUAUUGUCAACAUCUCUCCUGAGUCACAUGUUGUACAUCUCUCCAGAGGCCUAUCGUCAUUACCAUCUCUCCGGCUAGGUAUUACCCCUGGGACUAGGUAUUGUAACAUCUCUCCCCGAAGGACUAGGUAUUGUAAACAUCUCUCUCCCGAGGAAUAUGGUAUUGUAACAUCUCUCCGGAAGGACUAGGUAUUGUAACAUCUCUCCGAAGGACUGAGUAUUGUAACAUCUCUCCAGGAACUAGGUAUUGUAACAUCUCUCCAGAAGAACUAGGUAUUGUAACAUCUCUCCUGAAGGACUAGGUAUUGUAACAUCUCUCCAGAAGGACUAGGUAUUGUAACAUCUCUCCUGAAGGACUAGGUAUUGUAACAUCUCUCCAGAAGGACUAGGUAUUGUAACAUCUCUCCAGAAGGACUAGGUAUUGUAACAUCUCUCCAUAAGGACUAGGUAUUUAACAUCUCUCCUGAAGGACAUUCCAUUAUUUUGGAGUAAUUGCUCCCUCUCUCCUUGUCUCUGCUUGCAUAGCACUUCAUUAUUACACAGGAUGUCACAGGUAAGCGUUACGUUUGAUGGAGACAGGGGUUCUUGGAGACCCUGGUCAUUCUCCGGAUCUAACCCUAAACCUUGACCCUAAUAUCUACUAUAUUACCUUUUUAUAACCACUUUAUGGCCACUCUAUGUGAAAUUCUGAUUCAUGUCCAAUGUGAUGAUACUGUGGUAAGAAUGUAGACGAGGAAUGGCUAGCAUCCUGUUGUUAUGCGAUAAUGCGAGACACUUCAGUGUUUCCAGGGAAUGGAGGGGCGUAGUAGAAAGGUUCUCAGAACACUGGACAGCAGACAUGCCACAGCUAGGUAUUUAAAGCUGGUUCUUUUUCAAGUGGUUUGUCACUAAGAAUUGAUGAAAACACAUGCACACUUGCACACAUACUAACAUAUGCACACACACACACACACACACACACACACACCACACACACACACACACACACCACACACACACACCACACCACACACACACACACACACACCCCACACACACACACAACACACACACAACACACACACCACACACACACACACACCACACACACACACUACCCCGGACCAGACAACUGUAACAAUCACUACAGCCAGUGAUUAAGGUUUGAGUCCCAGCUGUUUUAUACCAGGUCUAUAUCGGCAGCCAUGUCAUUUAGACAGACCCGGGCGCGUUGGGAAGCAGUUGUGGCAAAGCACCAUGCAAACAUUUAUAGAAACAUAUGCAUACCACCACACCACUCACAAACAACCAUCACACACACAGAACCACCCAAACAGCACACACAGACACACACACACACACACACACACACACACACCCACACACACCACACACACCCACACCACACCACACACACACACACACACACUUAUUUAAACAAAACAAAAAACUCCAAAACAAAAUUUAAACCGGGAAAAAAAAAAAAAAAAAAAAGGGGGGGCAAAAAAGGGGGGGGAAAAAAAAAAAUUUAAAAAAAAAAAAAAAAACCCCCCCCCCCCCCCCUUUUUUGGGGGGGGGGGGGGGGGGCCCCCCCCCCCCCCCCCCCCCCCCCCCCCCCCCCCCCCCCCCCCCCCCCCACCCCCCCCCCCCCCCCCCCCCCCACCCCUCCCCACCCCCCCCCCCCCCCGCGCCCCCCCCCCCGGGGGGGCCCCCGGGACCCCGGGGGGGGGGGCCCCCCCCACCCCCCCCAAACCCCCCCCCCAAUCCCUUUUUUUUCUUUCGCCCUUCUCCCCCUUUUCUUUUCCCCUUUCUCUCCCCCCCCCCUUUUCCCGCAAAAUUUUUUCUCUAAAAAUUUCCCCCCCCGGGCCCUCCCCCCACUAAUACAAUCCACAUUCACUCGUUUCUUUACCUUCCCCCUCUCAGCUUCUCUCUUGAUUCCCUUUUUUCUUCCUAGCUUUCUCCCCCCUUUCUAUUUGGGGCCAGGAGGUUUCCCACCCCCGUCCCACGGGGAGGUACAGAGUGGGGGAGGGAAGGGAAAAAGUUCCCCCCCUUUUUUUUUUUUUCCCCCCCCCAAAAUUUUUUAAACCCCGGGGUUUUUUUAAAAAAAAAAGAAAAAAGCCCCUUUUUUGGCCCCCCCCCUUUUUUUCUUCCCUUGCCCCCACCCGCCCCGGGGCUAAAAAGGGAGAAAAGGGGAAAAGAGGGAGAGAAAAGGGCCCGAGAGGGAGAGGGGGGAAAAGAAAAGAAAAAGGGGAAAGGGAAAAAAGGGGGGGAAAAAAGAUUGGGGGAGGGGGAAAAAAGGAAGGGGAAAAAGGGGGGGGGGGGAAAGGGGGAAAGGGGGGGAGGAAAAGGGAAGGGGGGAGGAAAAGGGGGGGAAAAGGGGAAGGGGGAAGAAGAGGGAUAGGUGGGGGCCCCAUUUUAAAAAAAAAGGGGAAAAGGAAGAGAAAAAAAAAUUUUGGGGCCCCUUACCCUUUUAAAAAAAGGGAAAGAAGCCUCUUUUUUUUUACCCUGGGGGCCAAAAGGGGCCUCACAAACGGUUUUUAAUUUUCCAUUUUUCUCUUUUUCUCUUUUUUUCUUUCUUUUGGUCCUUUUACCGGGUUUUUCCCGUUUUUCCUUUUUCCCCUUCUUUUUUAAGGGGGGGUUUUUUUGGUUUUGGAAGAAUUUUUGGAGUGGUUGUUUUUUGGGAAAGGGGGGGGUUGGUUGUAUUACGGAAGUAAAUGUUGUGUGUGGUUGUUUUUUGUUUUUGGGGGGAUUUAGUGUCAGUUACAGGGAAUAGUUGUGUCUGUGUUGCUGCUUGUUCAAUAUGUGCUACAGUGAUGAGUUAGAAGGCAUGUGUGUGUGUGUCUGUGUGUGUCUGUGUGUGUGUCUGUAUGUGUGUCUGUUAGACCAGCUGUGAGGCUUUACCAUGCAUGUCUGGUAUUUGAGUAUCAUAGUCUCACUGGACUGAGGAACUUCACUAAGUAUUUAUCAUUGUGUGUGUUUGUGUGCGUGUGUGAAUGUGUGUGCAUGCAUGUACGUGUGUGUGUGUGUGUGUUUUUGCAUGCAUGCGUGUGUGUGUGUGUGUAGCUUUGUUAUGAUCUCCAUCUGGACAUCAUAACGGGUUCAGAAGCACCCACACAUGUUGCAGGUUAGCGUGUUAUACAGGUAGCUGUGAAUCUAUAGCGGCUUUAUUUUACUGCUCUUUAGGUUCUGCUGGCUGCUGAGGCUGUUUUAUGAAUGAGACAAGAAAUGAAUCCUAAAUGGCACCCUAUUCCCUAUAUAGUGCACUGCUUUUGACGAGCGUUAUAUGGGCCCUGGUCAAAUGUAAUGCACUAUAUAGGGAAUAGGGUGCCAUUUGGGAUGCAGCCAACGUUUCAUUAAUGAAAAGUCUGGAAGGAAGGAGACCCCAGCUGUUAUAGAUCAUUAGCUAAGAUAUCUUUAGGGAAUCUAAUAUCAACAUCUAGUGCAAUUUUAUAUCACGUUCUACAUGGUUACUGUAUCUAUACACUCUUAGAUAAAAGGGUUCCAAAAGGGUACUUCGGCUGUCCCCAUAGGAGAACCCAAAAAGGUUCAACCUGGAACCAACAAAGGGUUCUCCUAUGGGGACAGCCAAAUAACCCUUUAAGGUUCUAGAUAGCACAUUUUCUUCGAAGAGUGUAUACUACUAUACAUGUGUUGUUACAGUAAGAGUAUGUUAUUGUUGCUCUUCAGGGAGGAAAUGUCUGUCUCAACAGCUUCCCACAGAGGGAGGAAAUGUCUGUCUCAACAGCUUCCCACAGAGGGAGGAAAUGUCUGUCUCAACAGCUUCCCACAGAGGGAGGAAAUGUCUGUCUCAACAGUUCCCACAGAGGGGGAGGAAAUGUCUGUCUCAAACGCUUCACAGAGGGAGGAAAUGUCUGUCUCAACGGCUUUCCCACAGAUGAGGAAAGCUGUCCAAAGCUUCCCAGGGGAGAAAUGUCUGUCUCAAACAGCUUCCACAAGAGGAGGAAAUGUCUGUCUCAACAGCUUCCCACAGAGGGAGGAAAUGUCUGUCUCUCACAGCUUCCCACAGAUGGAGGAAAUGUCUGUCUCAACAGCUCCCACGAUGGAGGAAAUGUCUGUCUAACAGCUUCCACAGAGGAGGGAAUGUCUGUCUCAACAGCUUCCCACAGAUGGAGGAAAUGUCUGUCUCAACAGCUUCCCACAGAUGGAGGAAAUGUCUGUCUCAACAGCUUCCCACAGAUGGAGGGAAAUGUCUGUCUCAACAGCUUCCCACAGAUGGAGGAAAUGUCUGUCUCAACAGCUUCCCACAGAUGGAGGAAAUGUCUGUCUCAACAGCUUCCACAGAUGGAGGAAAUGUCUGUCUCAACAGCUUCCCACAGAUGGAGGAAAUGUCUGUCUCAACAGCUUCCCACAGAUGGAGGAAAUGUCUGUCUAAACAGCUUCCCACAGAGGGAGGAAAUGUCUGUCUCAACAGCUUCCCACAGAGGGAGGAAAUGUCUGUCUCAACAGCUUUCCACAGAUGGAGGAAAUGUCUGUCUCAACAGCUUCCCACAGAUGGAGAAAUGUCUGUCUCAACAGCUUCCCACAGAGGGAGGAAAUGUCUGUCUCAACAGCUUCCCACAGAGUGAGGAAAUGUCUGUCUCAACAGCUUCCCACAGAUGGAGGAAAUGUCUGUCUCAACAGCUUCCCACAGAGGGAGGAAAUGUCUGUCUCAACAGCUUCCCACAGAUGGAGGAAAUGUCUGUCUCAACAGCUUCCCACAGAUGGAGGAAAUGUCUGUCUCAACAGCUUCCCACAGAGGGAGGAAAUGUCUGUCUCAACAGCUUCCCACAGAUGGAGGAAAUGUCUGUCUCAACAGCUUCCCACAGAUGGAGGAAAUGUCUGUCUCAACAGCUUCCCACAGAUGGAGGAAAUGUCUGUCUCAACAGCUUCCCACAGAUGGAGGAAAUGUCUGUCUCAACAGCUUCCCACAGAUGGAGGAAAUGUCUGUCUCAACAGCUUCCCACAGAUGGAGGAAAUGUCUGUCUCAACAGCUUCCCACAGAUGGAGGAAAUGUCUGUCUCAACAGCUUCCCACAGAUGGAGGAAAUGUCUGUCUCAACAGCUUCCCACAGAUGGAGGAAAUGUCUGUCUCAACAGCUUCCCACAGAUGGAGGAAAUUGUGUGUGUGUUAUCUAAUAUCAACAGAUCAUUCUAUACAGUGCCUUGCAAAAGUAUUCAGACCCCUUGGAUUUCUUCACAUUUUAUUGUGUUGCAAAGUGGGAUUCUACACAAAAUACUCUAUAAUGUCAAAGUGGAAGAAAAAUUCAAACUUUUUUAGAUUAAAUUAAAUGAAAUACCUAAAAUAGAGUUGUUGCAUAAGUAUUCAGCUCCCUGAGUCAAUGCAUGUUAGAAACACCUUUGGCAUCGAUAGUGAGUCUUCUUGGGUAAGUCUUUAAGAGCUUUGCACACCUGGAUUGUGCAGUAUUUGUCCAUUAUUUCUUUCAAAAUUCGUCAAGCUCUGUCAAGAUGUUGGACAGCAAUUUUCAAGUCUUGCCAUAGAUUUUCAAGCAGAUUUAAGUCAAAACUGUAACUUGGCCACUCAGGAACAUUCACUGUCUUCUUGGUAAGCAACUCCAGUGUAGCCUUGUGUUAUAGGUUAUUGUCCUGCUGAAAGGUGAAUUCCUCUCCAGUGUCUGGUGUAAAGCAGACUAAAGCAGGUAUUUCUCUAGGAUUUUACCAGUGCUUAGUUCCAUCUCGUUUCUUUUCAUUCUGAAAAACUCCCCAAUCUUUGCCGGUGGCAAGCAUACCCAUAUCAUGAUGCAGCCACCACCAUGCUUGAAAACAAGGAGGCAGUUACUCAGUGAUGUGUUGUGUUGGAUUUGCCCCAAACAUAAUGCUUUGCAUUUAUGCCAAAAAGUGUAUUCCUUUACUGUAUUUUGUUGUUGUUGCAGUAUUACCUUAGUGCCUUGUUGCAUAGAAGAUGCAUGUUUUGUAUAUUUGUAUUAUUCUUUUCACUCUGUCAUUUAUGCCAUUAUUGUGGAGUCACUACAAUGUUGUUGAUCCAUCCUCAGCCAUUGAACUCUGUAGCUGUUUUAAAAUCACCAAUGGCCUCAUGGUAACAUCCCUGAGCCGUUUCAUUCCUGUCCUGCAGCUCAGUUCAGAAGGACGUCUGUAUCUUUGAUGUGUCUGGGUGAUUUAAUACAUAAUCUACAGCAUUAGUAUUAACUUGACCAUGCUUUAAGAUAUAUUCAAUGUCUGAUUUGUUAUUGUUACCCAUCUACCAAUCACUGCCCUUCUUUAUGAGGCUUUCGAAAAGCUCCCUGGUCUUUGUAGUUGUAUCUGUGCUUGAACUUAAAUACUUGACUGAGGGACCUUACAGAUGUUGAAUGUAUGGGGGAUAGAGGAAGGGUUAGUCAUUCAAAAAUCAUGUCAACCCCUAUUAUUUCACACAGAGUAACUUAUUGUGUGAUUUGUUAAGCCAAAUUUUACUCCUGAACUAAUUUAGGCUUGCCUAAGCAAAGGGGCUGAAUACUUAUGCAAUUAAUGUAUUUUAGUUAUGUUGUUUUUUUAUAUCAAAAAAUACAAUUGUUUUUUCUUCCACUUUGACAUUACAGAGUAUUUUGUGUAGAUUGUUGACAGAAAAUGACAAUUAAAUACAUUUUAAUCCCACUUUCUAACACAAGAAACUGUAAAGAAGUCCAGGGGGUCUGAAUACUUUUGCAAAGCACUGUAUGUGAGGAAAUUGUUUGUGUUUCAUUUUUUGUGGAGUUGUAUAGAGCCGAGUAGAGAGUCAGCAGUAGUCACUUGUCUUUUCUGGUUUACUCUGAUGUUAGGGUUACGCUUUAGAGGUCACUGUGUGUGUGUGUGACCUCUCACCUCAUUGAGCUCUCACUGUCUCUACUAUUUUGUCUCUCUUCUCUUCUCUGCUUUUCGAUUAUUUUCCGCCUUCUCCAUAAAUGUUUUCUACACUUUCCAUUUUCUCUUGAAGUAAGAUCCGUUUUGGAGGUUUUAUUCCACUCAUAACCAGUCAGGAGUGUCGUGUGAGUUUGACGGACAAAAGCUGAUAGGUGUGUGCGUUUGUAUGGUUUAGCUGAGCUAGGUGCAUUUUUUAUAUUUUUUAUAUUUUUUAAUUCAAUGCCAUGCAGUGCUCUGAGGAGAAUUUCAUAUACCAUAUGUUUCCCCAAAAAUCGUUCCAGAUAAAGCAACGUCUUGAAUCUUACUCUGUGAUUGGUUGUUACAUUCUUACAAACAUCAUUGUGUGUCAACACUGAGCGCAAACACCUCAAAAACUGUGUCCCAUGUGCAUAAGAUUCUUUACUUGUACAUUCAUAUUCAAUGUAUUCCAUUCUGGUUUGGGUGAGCUAGGUGUUAGGCGGUGUGCUGCAGCAUGUGUUUGUGUUGCCUGCAUACUGAACGGUGCUGGUUGUUGACUGUGAACACGCUAGCUAACAAGCUAAUGCUGUGCUAUCUGUCAUAUCAGAGCCCAGGUGGAGGGAGGGGUCCUCUUCUCUGUCAGGCUUGGCGUAUUAUUUAUGUGACACAAGCGACUACGCAGAUAAAAACACACACACACACACAACGUAGAGCUCACACAAAGACACUGCUCUUAUCUAGAUGGAGUGUGUCUGGUCUGGAGACAAGGCAAACGUCUGUCAGGUGUGUGUGUGUAUCUGUGAAUGUGUGUGUGUAUGUGUGUGUGUCUGUGUGUAAGAGGAUGACUAAGAGAAGAGGGUGAGGGUUCUAGGUUGUAAAGCAUGUGUCAGUAGGUGUCUGUGUCUAAAUAUUCCCUAUUUGUUAUGGCUGUCUGUCUUACUCUUUCUCUUCUCUUCUUCUCUUCCUCAGCUCUGCCUCGUAGCCCGGACCCUGUCGAUGGCAGGCUGUACGCCAGGGUAAGGAAGGGAAGUAGUGACGAAAGAGCUCCGUUUCACCCAGCAACCAGCUGCCCUAUCCCCAGUGACCUUAAACUGUCAGCCAGCAGCGACUCAGGCCUCUCUAUCACCUCCCAGUGGACCGGAGGUAUUACUGCAGGGAGCCCCAGGAGAGGGCCCAGUCAGGACGAACUUACCCAGCUCAGGCGGCUUCUAUCUGGGGUCGGCCUGGAGCCGGCUCAGCCUCAUCUGAAGGACAUGACUGAUCUCCCAGCCUCCUGUAACACAGUGGGGGAGAUGGAAGGGGACAAGGCUGGGUUAGGGCAGCCUGUGAACAUGAAGGCCUCUCCUAGCGAGAGGGAGACAGACAUCCUUUAUGAUGACGAGGUUAGCCCCGAGGCUAGCAUUGGCUCGUUCUCCUCUGAGAGCCUACCUGAAGCCCAGGGAUUGGUCCAGAGUGGAAAUGGAUACUCCACCCACUCCACCCACACCACCCAAUCAUGGGUGCAGCAGCAGCAGAUAGUCGUCAGGGGGCGGGACAGCCCUGUGGAUACACCUUCUCUGAUUGGUCCAAACACCUUGUCACUUCCAGACACGCCCAAUAGGGGGAGCAGCAGCAGAGAGGCGGUGCAGAGAGGAGUGGAGGGAGGGGUGGGGUCGCCUGUAAAGACGGACAGUCACACACAUGUCUCACACACCAUACACACCAUACACACCACACACACCACCCACACACCGUUGCCCUCAGGGGAACCUUGUGGGCAGGAGGAGCUUGCCUCGUUAGCCACAGACAUUGAUGAGUCCAUCGAGCAGCUCAACCAGCUGAUCCUAGAUCUGGACCCCACCUUCAUACCUGUUCCCACCCGACACACCCCCCUCCCCCUUGCACUCUCCACCUCCCUCUACACCAAUGGUAACAGCCAUACGACGACACACGCCAACGCCAGCCAAUCAGGUGAGACCAUAUUAGCAGAGCGGGGAUCCACUGAUGGAAUACCUGUUGAAAUUGAAUAGCUGUGUGUCUGUUAAUUUAAUAAAUGUAUUUGAGAUACAGUAGAAUCACAAGGGAAGGUUUAGUCCCUCCCAUAUUCCAGUCAAAUGUCCUCAGUAACAGUACAAUUAGCAGUUUAGGAGACAUGGUUACUGAAGGAAAUGUAAGGGAAACAGAUCAACAGUGGGCUUGUACAUUACAGCUCUACUGUUAAAGAGUUCCAGUGGAAUCCCUCAGAGACAUACCGUACAACAGCCCUCUGUCUGUCUGUCUGUCUGUCUGUCUGACUCAGUGACAUGAUGCCAGAUGCCAGGCUAAAAAAAAUAAAGUUGUUCCAGCUUUCAGAUGUUUAGACAGAGUGGUGCAUGUAAAGAGCUAGGUUUGGGCACGUUCUCAAAGCAGAGUUCAACACAGACACUUUAUUCACCUUAAUGUAACCCUGGCUGGCUGUGAAACUACCCUUCUAACCAAGGGAAGUCUGGCGUGGUCCAGGGCUUGUCCACUGUGUUUGCUGAGUGGGUGUAAAAGUUUGACUUAAGGCAGUAAUAGAUACUUCUAUAUAAGCAGUGUAAAAUCAGGGCCUCAUAAGUACAGUACAGGAAAUGGCAAACUAACAUCUUUAACAUAUUUUUUAAGUGACUGGAAGAAAUGUCUUCACAGCCAGGAGUACAAUCAAACAUAGCUUUAGCUGUUGCAGGUGGUACUGAACUGUACUGUAUGUACUGUGCUGUGCGUAUGUACUGUGUAUUACUGUAUGUACUGUAUAUUACUGUAUGUACUGUAUGCACUGUAUGUACUGUACUGUACUGUACUGUACUUUACUUUACUGUACUGUACUGUACUGUACUGUACUGUACAUACUGUAUGUUUUAGGACAAGGGGAUACUGUGACAAACUAACUGGUGGUGUAAAGGUUAAAAAAAUGAAUUAGUGAGGUGUUUGUUCCACUCCCUACCUACCUUCCUAGUUACCCCCUGCUAGUCCUGUCCUGUGUGUUUAUUUCAAGUUUAUUUGUCACAUGCACAGGAUACAGCAGGCGUAAAACAGUACAGUGAAAUGCUUUCUUAAAAGCUAUUUUCCAACAAUGCAGUAUUCAAUAUCAAGGUUAGAGAAAUAAUAUAAAGGAAAAAACACACGGGAAUUAAGAAAAACAUGAGAAUGUCCAAAAGUUGGAUCAUAAGAGAUAAAGUAUAUUUUUUUUACAUAUUUAGCAGACACUCUUAUCCAGAGCAACUUACAGUUAGUGAGUGCAUACAUUAUUUUUCAUACUGGCCCCCCGUGGGAAUCGAACCCACAACCCUGGCGUUACAAACGCCAUGCUCUACCAACUGAGCUACAUCCCUGCCGGCCAUUCCCUCCCCUACCCUGGGCCAAUUGUGCGCCGCCCCAUGGGUCUCCCAGUCGGCUACGACAGAGCCUGGAUUCGAACCAGGAUCUCUAGUGUCACCUUAGACCACUGCGCCACACGGGAGUGUAUGUGUUUGUGUGUGUAUAUGUGUGUGUAUAUGAGUCCUGACCCUGGCCAUUUUGUGUGAUGGAUUGAUGAUGUGUCAUAUCCCCAGUACUACUGCUGGGGUCGACCCAGUAGAGCAAAGCACAUACCUGCUGUCACCUCUGACCUCUGUGUGCAUCUGACAUGUCUCUGGUUGAGUCCUAAAUGGCACUCUAUUCCCUAUGUAGUGCACUACUUUUGACCAGUGCCGUACGGGGCCCUUUGCAUUUUAUAGUUUGCCAUUUUGGAUGAGUGUUUGAUGUGGAGGAAAGGAUAUAUGUACAGUGGCUUGCGAAAAUAUUCACCCCCCUUGUCAUUUUUCCUAUUUUGUUGCCUUACAACCUGGAAUUUUAAUGGAUUUUGGGGGGGUUUGUAUCAUUUGAUUUACACAACAUCCCUACCACUUUGGAGAUGCAAAAUAUUUUUUAUUGUGAAACAAACAAGAAAUAAGACAAAAAAACAGAAAACGUGAGCGUGCAUAACUAUCUACCUUUUGCAGCAAUUACAGCUGCAAGUCUCUUGGGGUAUGUCUCUAUAAGCUUGGCACAUCUAGCCACUUGGAUUUUUGCCCAUUCUUCAAGGCAAAACUGCUCCAGCUCCUUCAAGUUGGAUGGGUUCCGCUGGUGUACAGCAAUCUUUAAGUCAUACCACAUAUUCUCAAUUGGAUUGAGGUCUGGGCUUUGACUAGGCCAUUCCAAGACAUUUAAAUGUUUCCCCUUAAACCACUCCAGUGUUGCUUUAGCAGUAUGCUUAGGGUCAUUGUCCUGCUGGAAGGUGAACCUCCUUCCCAGUCUCAAAUCUCUGGAACACUGAAACAGGUUUCCCUCAAGAAUUUCCCUGUAUUUAGCACCAUCCAUCAUUCCUUCAAUUCUGACCAGUUUCCCAGUCCCUGCCGAUGAAAAACAUUCGCACAGCAUGAUGCUGCCACCACCAUGCUUCACUUUGGGGAUGGUGUUCUCGGGGUGAUGAGAGGUUUUGGGUUUGCGCCAGACAUAGCGUUUUCCUUGAUGGCCAAAAGGCUCAAUUUUAGUCUCAUCUGACCAGAGUACCUUCUUCCAUAUGUUUGGGGAGUCUCCCACAUGCCUUUUGGCGAACACCAAACGUGUUUGCUUAUUUUUUUCUUUAAGCAAUGGCUUUUUUCUGGCCACUCUUCCGUAAAGCCCAGCUCUGUGGAGUGGCUUAAAAUGGUCCUAUGGACAGAUACUCCAAUCUCCGCUGUGGAGCUUUGCAGCUCCUUCAUGGUUAUCUUUGGUCUCUUUGUUGCCUCUCUGAUUAAUGCCCUCCUUGCCUGGUCUGUGAGUUUUGGUGGGCUGCCCUCUCUUGGCAGGUUUGUUGUGGUGCCAUAUUAUUUCCAUUUUUUAAUAAUGGAUUUAAUGGUGCUCCGUGGGAUGUUCAAAGUUUGUGAUAUUUUUUUAUAACCCAACCCUGAUCUGUACUUCUCCACAACUUUGUCCCUGACCUGUUUGGAGAGCUCCUUGGUCUUCAUGGUGCCGCUUGCUUGGUGGUGCCCCUUGCUUAGUGGUGUUGCAGACUCUGGGGCCUUUCAGAACAGGUGUAUAUAUACUGAGAUCAUGUGAAACUUAGAUUGCACACCAGUGGACUUUAUUUAACUGAUUAUGUGACUUCUGAAGGUAAUUGGGUUGGGCCAGGGGUGCACCACUUUUCCAUCAUGACUUUUUUAGAAUUUUUUGAAACAAGUAAUUUUUUUCAUUUCAUUUCACCAAUUUCGACUAUUUUGUGUAUGUCCUUUAGAUGAAAUCCCCAAAAAAAUCAAUUUCAAUUACAGGUUGUAAUGCAACAAAAUAGGAAAAACGCCAAGGGGGAUGAAUACUUUUGCAAGGCACUAUAUGUCCUCUCUGAGUGAUGUCAUCACCUCCUUUACCAUUUCUUCCACUCUCUGCAUAAGAAGCAGAUGUUCCCUCUCCUCCCUCUCGCUCCCAUCAUCCCUCCAUCCCUCCAUCCCAUCAUCCCUCCAUCCCUCCAUCCCUCCAUCCCAUCAUCCCUCCAUCCCAUCAUCCCUCCAUCCCUCCAUCCCUCCAUCCCUCCAUCCCAUCAUCCCUCCAUCCAUCCCCAUCCCUCCAUCCAUCAUCCCUCCAUCCUCCAUCCCUCAUCCCAUCAUCCCCCAUCCUCCAUCCCAUCAUAACCUCCAUCCCUCAUCCCUCCACCAUCCCAUCAUCCCUCAUCACUCCAUCCCUCCAUCCCUCAUUCCCUCCAUCCCUCCAUCCAUCAUCCCUCCAUCCCUCAUCCUCCAUCCCAUCAACCUCCAUCCCUCCAUCCCUCCAUCCCUCCAUCCCAUCAUACCUCCAUCCCUCCAUCCCAUCAUCCCUCAUCCCUCCAUCCCUCCAUCCCAUCAUACCUCCAUCCCUCCAUCCCAUCAUCCCUCCAUCCCUCCAUCCCUCCAUCCCUCCAUCCCUCCAUCCCAUCAUCCCUCCAUCCCUCCAUCCUCCAUCCAAUCAUACCCCCGCCAUCCCUCCAUCCCUCCAUCCCUCCAUCCCCAUCAUCCCUCCAUCCCAUCAUCCCUCCAUCCCUCCAUCCCCCAUCCCUCCAUCCCUCCAUCCCAUAUCCCUCCAUCCCUCCAUCCCUCCAUCCCUCCAUCCCUCCAUCCCAUCAUCCCUCCAUCCCAUCAUCCCUCCAUCCCAUUAUCCCUCCAUUCCUCCUCCCUCCAUUCCUCCAUCCCUCCAUCCCUCCAUCCCUCCAUCCCUCCAUCCCCUACAAAACAGUCCUCUUUCCUCUUACUCAGUCAGUUUGGCCUAGAAACCUGCCACAGUUCACAGGUUAAUAAUAAUAGUUGGUGGGUUGACGUGUUGUGAUGAACGGUCGUGGGGUCGCUUUUCACUGACCUCUUGUCUUAAAUCCUAGUUACACACACACACACGCGCGCGCAAACACACACACAUAUAAACACGUCCACACAUGCUUUGAAGUGUGUGACUACGAUUUAGCUCACAGUCAGACGUGUUUUCAUUCCUCCUUUCUUCUCUCCAUCCUGAGGCGGUGCCUUUUUCCACAGAGCAGAACACAUCACAAUAUAUGGAUCAGAUAAUUGCUGCCUGAGACAUUGAGGAAUGACACUCAUCAAACACACCAGGUUACUUGCAUGUAUACUGCUCAGGCCUAAAAUAUUCUAGCUGUUUUAAUGGUGUUUUUAUUGAACUUUAUGUGGCAAAGUUAGCACCACUUGUUUCUGCAUUAUUUAGAUAACGAAGGUAAAAUGUAGAAUCAAAGACAUUUUAUGUCUUCUGAAACCUCCAUCAAAUCAUUGUUUUACUGCUGUCUGAGUUGAAACGGUACACUCCCUCAUUUGCAUAAACACAGGGUGUAUUUGCAUAUGCAUGUGAAUUAACAUAAAGGGGAGGAGCAUGGCUGCAACCACCAAACACUUGCUCUGUCUACCCUACCUGCACUUACCUGAACUGUCUAGACUGCCUAAUUAAUUACUGUUGUUGUCACGUUCUCUGCCAUAAUUCAAGUGUGUCAAUAGCAGGAUACCCUCGGAUAAAAAAUCCACAUGCUUGUCUCUAUAUUACACCAAUCUAAACAUACUUUACAUUCUUUGCAAGAUCAGACAUAACUAUAAUCCAAGUGUUCAUUUUCAGAAGUUGCUUUCAUUUCAGCGCAUCUAAUUUGUAAACAUUUCAACUGUAUAAAAUAUUACUUUUCUUUUAUUCCACCAAAAAGUACACCCAUUAUUUUUUUUAUCUUUCUUCUGUUGAGAUGGUGCUUUAAAUCCCUGACGAAGCUUUAGCGUUCUUAUAGAUUCAACGGAAAGCCAAUGUAUCCCAUUGAGCCCAUUUCAGCCAUUACAUUUACAGUCAUUUAGCAGACGCUCUUAUCCAGAGUGACUUACAGUUAGUGAGUGCAUACAUUCUUUUUCAAUUUUUUCAUACUGGCCCCCUGUGGGAAUCGAACCCACAACCCUGCCGUUGCAAACGCCAUGCUCUACAUCCCUGCCGGUCAUUCCCUCCCCUACCCUGGACGACACUGGGCCAAUUGUGCGCCACCCCAUGGGUCUCCCGGUCGUGGCCGGCUACGACAGAGCCUGGAUUCAAACCAGGAUCUCUAGUGACACAGCUAGCACUGCAAUGCAGUGCCUUAGACCACUGCGCCACUCAGGAGUACAUUACUGGGGUUUGUUUGACAGGUCAUUACAAACAUUUCCACGUUCGUAACGUUAAUGGGAAAAAAUGACAGGCACAAGCAAGAGUAUAAAAGAGUCACAGGAGUAAAAUGAAAGCAAUCAAUCCAGCGAGAUUUAAGUGACAAGUGGAUUUUGCACCCCUCAAACACAGGAAACUGAAAAAUACAUCCUCAGGUGGGUGGGGCAUGCGCGUUGCUACUCAAUGGCUUCUCCCUUCCUCUGCAUCACUUCAAAGCUUGCUGUCAUUGCGAUAUGAAUCUGCCUGUCAUGGCAAUAUGAAUCACUGUGAGUUUCUGCGAGGCCCUCAGUGGGAUGUUCGGAAGGGUGUCUGGAAUUAAAGUCAUUCUGUAAUCGGAGCAGGUCUUCCCUGGAGCGCAGGGUUUCCAAAACACCUGAACUGGAUUUGGGGAUGGGUGAUUACUCUCUGUGGUAGAUACCGACACAUACUCUCUUCAUGCUACAUUCCCAAACAUUUCAAUGAUGUUCCUAUUCCAUCUGUCUGGGACUGGGUCCAACUGAUCAGGUAGCUCUGAGGUACAUGCUUAACUGCACUCCUGUUGUUGUAAUGUACAUUUUUACAUUUUUACAUUUUUACAUUUUUUUUUAAUCAAUUCACUCUCUCUGUCUGUCUCUUCCCUCUCUCUCUCUCUCUCUCUCUCUCUCUCUCUCUCUCUCUCUCUCUCUCUCUCUCUCCUCUCUCUCUCUGUAUCUAUCUUCAGGCUGGAAGCACAGACAGGCCAGUGAUGUCACAGAUUACCCAGGAUUCUACAAUCCUGGUUGGGGCAGAGCCCAGACAUUCCAGAACUCUCUGAUCAACAGGCCCAACCUACCUCCCUCCCAGGUACACACACACACACACACACACACACACACACACACACACACACACAUGAACGCACGCACGCACGCACGCACGCACGCACGCACGCACACACACACACACACACACACACACACACACACACACACACACACACACACACACACACACACACACACACACACACACACACACACACACACACACACACACAGCACCCCAACCUACAGCCCUCCCAGGUACACACACACCCCUCUACCAGCCCCUACUGGUUACUCAACUGUUAUACCACAUACAUACUCAAUAGUCAUGUAGUAGUCAUUACGCUAGGAGUUUUUUCCCUGAUCAUGAUCAUGCGGUUAGUAAAAACACCUGGCUAUGUUCAAGAUUAAUCGACCUUAAAAACACCUGGCUAUGUUCAUGGUUAAUCUACCUUAAAAACACCUGGCUAUGUUCAGGAUUAAUCGACCUUAAAAACACCUGGCUAUGUUCAUGGUUAAUCUACCUUAAAAACACCUGGCUAUGUACAGGAUUAAUCGACCUUAAAAACACCUGGCUAUGUUCAUGGUUAAUCUACCUUAAAAACACCUGGCUAUGUUCAUGAUUAAUCUACCUUAAAAACACCUGGCUAUGUUCAUGAUUAGUCUACCUUAAAAACACCUGGCUAUGUUCAUGGUUAAUCUACUUUAAAAACACCUGCCUAUGUUCAUGGUUAAUCUACCUUAAAAACAACUGGCUAUGUUCAUGGUUAAUCUACCUUAAAAACAACUGGCUAUGUUCAUGGUUAAUCUACCUUAAAAACAACUGGCUAUGUUCAUGGUUAAUCUACCUUAAAAACAACUGGCUAUGUUCAUGGUUAAUCUACCUUAAAAUCAGCUGAUUAUGUUCAUGAUUAAUUUACAUUGAAUUCCCUUUAUAGUACAGUAGUUCAUGUGUUAGUUGGUGUGAAGCAGAACUGUAGUGGUCAGGCCGUUUAUCUAAAUAGCUGAGAUUCCUUGGCUGCGUCCCAAAUGGCACCCAAUUCCAUAUAUAAUGCACUAUUUGGGCUGGAGCCCUAUGCGGGCCCUGGUAAAAGUAGUGCACUAUAUAGAGAAUAGGGUGCCAUUUGGGACACAGCCCUGCUCUCACACCCAUUCUCAUGGCAGGGCAGCAUGAAUGGCCUUCCUGUUUACAUUAAAAUACAGAGAGUAGCCACACACACUGAUCACAAGACUGAUGUCUGUCUGCCUGUCUGUCCGCCUGUCUGCCUGUCUGCCUGUCUGCCUGUCUGUCUGCCUGCCUGCCUGUCUGUCUGUCUGUCUGUCUGUCUGUCUGUCUGUCUGUCUGUCUGUCUGUCUGUCUGUCUGUCUGUCUGUCUGUCUGUCUGUCUGUCUGUCUGUCUGUCCGCCUGUCUGUCUGCCUGCCUGUCUGUCUGCCUGUCUGUCCGCCUGUCUGCCUGUCUGUCUGCCUGUCCGCCUGUCUGCCUGUCUGUCUGCCUGUCUGCCUGUCUGCCUGUCUGUCUAUCUGUCUGGUGUGUCUGUGUUACAGUGUGGUCGUCUCUCCAGGAUGGACAGUGUGGACUAUGAAAGACCGACUCCAGUGACGGACAGCUGUGACAUAGUCCCGUCCACACCAGCAUUUCCUAUCUCUCCUCCAACGCCC